UACACGGAGUACGGAGUACAUACUAGAGUACUAUAAAUAUGUGAUGGACGGUGAAAAGAAAAAUUAAUUAAACAAAACUACUAGUUGUGGGUACUUAAUUAAUUAAGUAUGCAGACGAUGAAGUACUCUUGGUGGUUGGGCGAGAAGGCAGUACAGUCGCCGGCGGUGGUAUCAAACCGCCGCAGCGACCCGCUUGCCGCCAUAGCUUUUGUCGCUAAUAUGCGUUUCACAUCAUUCUCGUUCUUGUUGUUAACGUCGUUUCUUGUACUCUCAUCCAUAGGAGCAUCUGGUAACUCUGAAGUUGAAGCUUUGGAUGCACUGAGGAAAAACUUGGGCGAUCCAAACCUUGUUCUGCAGAGCUGGGAUUCAUCCCUACCUGAUCCCUGCCUCUGGUAUCAUAUCACCUGCAACUCCGACAAUAGCGUUACACGAAUUGAUCUCGGAAAUGCCGGUUUAUCGGGUCAACUCGUCCCCGAGCUUGGCAACCUUACGAAUUUACAGUACUUGGGACUAUAUGCAAACAACAUUGGUGGUGAAAUUCCAAUGGAACUUGGCAAUUUAGAAAAUCUAAUUUCUUUGGAUCUCUAUGAUAACAGCUUAAAUGGUUCUAUCCCUCAUACUUUGGGUCAAUAUUUUCACCUUAGAUUUCUGAGGCUCCAAAAUAACCGUUUGAUUGGUACUAUUCCCAAGUCAUUAAUCACGCUCUAUACGCUCGAAGUGCUGGAUCUUAGCAAUAACAAACUCACUGGUCCCAUUCCUACAGAAUUGAGUCUCAUUACUAGUUUGAAACACGGAGAUUUGUCAGGCAAUUGUCUUGAUGUUGGAGGGAAUCCCUUAAGUUCUGAUCCCAGGUUUAUCUUGGAUAACAAUUCCGAUCCAACACGUUGUGCUUGAACAACGUAACUUGUACGUGGAAUGUAUGCAUGUGAUUGUGCAAUCAUCGUAUCAUCAUUUGUUGAUUAGUCAAGUUUCCUUAUAAUUAAGUGUUCGUAACUAUUUGUGUUUUGUUUUGGUUGCUUAAGUAUGUGCACCCAUCCAAUAUAUUUGGAUGAUGUUUUAAUAAUAAAUAAGUUCUAUGUGU